GUUGCUGUGUAUCCCCUAGUGAACCGUGACGCUGACCUGGACUGUGAAAGAAAAGCCAGUAAUUCUGAGGGCCAGACGAUCUUCCCUGGAAGAUGAGCAGGGCCAGACGCAGACGGGAGAACCGGAAGACAGCCAAUAUAAAUCCCAAAAGAGAGCAGCAGAAACAGAAGCGCAAGAGGUGCCCAAGAGUGCCGUCGGAUCAGCUGAGAGCGAUCUGGAACAAUGGAAUGACCACUCGCCGCAACAUCGAAGGAGCGGGUCUCCUCCUCGAUGCGAACAAGUUGGACGAGUCAGAGCCGAAAAUCGAAAGAAAAUUGAGGGAGAAACCCACGGUCGUUGAUCUCAUCGAGGCAGAGGCUAAUCAGCCGAGAAGAGACCGGAGCUUUGUAAUGAAAGACGAUAUGAAGUUCCUCGCCAUGAUGAUUUCGAAGCACGGCAUGGACGAAUGGAGUGAAAUGUCGAGAGAUCCAGAGAACGUAUAUCAGCUGACGCCUAAACAGAUUAAGCGGAUCUUCAUGAAAUGUCAGAAGGUUCCGGUCGCUUACAAUGCUCUCAUGAUAGCUUGUGGCCUGAAAGAGGUUCCGGAAGGCUUGAGUCACGACAUGGAGGUCGAGGGGAGCUCAUGAAUUCUACGUUGGGUUGUACAUAAUAAAAAUGAGCCCUGAAUUAUUGUUUCCUAAAA